ACCGAUACAAUAACUGACCAAAUCAUUGCUCCCAUCAGCCUUCGAUCAACAAACGCCGAUCAGAGUAAGGCGAAAUUGGAGAGGUUACUGAUGCUGAGCGAGUUGUGUGAUUGACAAGUAAAUUUUGAGCUCUUAAACUUCUCAUCUUUGGGAGUUUCAGAUAAGAAGUUGCUCAACCUUUGCAAAGUUAUCCUGCAAACCCACAGUAGUAUUAAGAAGAAUCACAUGAUAUUUGACUGGCAAGGGAAACAAGAGCACUCAAUGAAGGCAAUGAUAAUGUGAACUGGGAUGUUACUCUGAUCGUAAACUUCGUUAACCUAAAAACAUGAACCUGACAAGUCCCAUGGCAAAGCGCGGGGACUAUUUCUAGUUAGAAUGGAGAGGUGGGUUGUGGACAUAUCGGAGUGGGACCCAUCUCCCGAAGACCUGACCUUUUCCCUCUCUCUUCUUCCUCCUUCCGACCAAUCCUCUGUCACCAGAUUUGUGCGUGUGGAAGACAGGAAACGGGCGCUUGUGAGCCGGUUGCUUCAGUAUGCUCUUGUACUCGAGGUCCUCGCAAUUCCAUAUCAUCAACUUGUCAUUAAUCGCACCUUGGAAGGCAAACCGUAUCUGGAAUGUGGGGAUAUCUGUUUGGAUUUUCCCAAUUUCAAUUUCAAUGUCUCGCAUCAUGGUGACUAUGUGGCUAUAGCAUCUGAACCUUUAUGCCUUGUGGGGGUUGACAUUGUCUCCAUAGUCAUUCCUCAGGCUGAGACAGUUCCAGAAUUCCUUCAAAGCUUCUCCUCCUACUUUUCAAGUUUUGAAUGGCAUAACAUUUGCACUGCUGGCACAACCCAUGAUAUGCUGAUCGAGUUUUACAGAUAUUGGUGUCUGAAAGAAGCUUUUGUCAAAGCAACUGGAAGUGGACUGGUGGACAAUUUGUACAAAGUGGAAUUUCAUCACAGUUGCUGGGAAAACAUUUCUGUUAACAUUGAGGGGAAGGCUACGAGGGAAUGGCGGUUUUGGCUUCUUGAGUUGGGAAAGAAUCAUUUGGUAUCGGUUGCAAGGGGUCAUCCAAAAUUAGCUUCUGCGAGUUACAAGAGAACAUUAAGACAAACAGAGUUUGAUGAAAAGGAAUAUCUUGCAGCUCUUCAUCUUCCAAAUGUAGGAUUUGUCUCAAGAACUGUAGAACAACUAAUUUCCAGUUUCACACAAAGAACCAGUACAGCACACCGAGAAGUUUAUUAAUGAUGUCGCUGUAAUGAUAUGAAGAUCUAACAGCAGCAGUACUUUUAACAAAAAUUUAGGGUGAUGCUAUUAACACACCCACACACCCCAUCUAUUUUCUUAUUCACACAUUUCAAUUUUAUUUAUAAACUUACCACUUAAAAUUGUUUCAUGAUUGGCUCUCAUCAUAGAUGUGAUGUGUUAAUAGCAAAAAUGAGUGUUUAAUGAAAAAAAAUCUUACGUGCGGCAAUCACACCACCGGACUGUGUGACCACCCAAUUAACAAGGGGCAUGUGUGCUUCUUUUUUGUUGAUGUCAGCUCUGCUGAAAAGAAAGAGAAAAGGAGAUCGGAUUCCUACCCCUUUUGAUCAAACCAAACUAGAAUGCCGAAACCCAACCCAUCCCAUCGCUCUCCUCCGGCCAUCUUGCCUUCAACCACGACCAGACCUUCUCUGCUGCCGCAUGUAUGCUCCGGCUU